AUGUUUCUAAUUUCAGAUUUGAUGAUUGAUGAUCUGAAUAUCAGUUUAUCAAUCAAGACUAUUUCAUGUACUACUUUCAUAGUCAUUCAUUCAUCUCUACCAUAUAUUUCUCUUAUUUCACAUCUAACCUAUCUGAUUAUAUUAGCUGGCGCUAAAUUUUCUCAUAAUCCAAAUUCCAAUUUAUUGUUAAAAUUACCUAUUAAUUAG